ACACGCAACCUUUUCAAAACUGAAUUAUCAUAGUAUUUAAUUCUAAACAGUUCGAGGAUUUUCACAAUUUUUUGGAGUUGGUUACUUUCGUCAGCAUUCAUUCAAAUCCCAACACACUUCUGUGAAAAUCGUUCAGAGAAGACAAACAUGGCGUCUUGGAAUUCAAAUCCACUCCAUGUAACCUACGAACUUCUGGGUUGGUUCGCUUUCAUUUCAUGGUCCAUCAGUUUCUACCCUCAAGUCAUCUUGAAUUUUCGCAGGAAAAGUGUGGUUGGGCUCAACUUCGAUUUCGUGCUGUUGAAUCUCACUAAGCAUAGUUCCUAUCUCAUAUUCAACGCUUCACUCUACUUCAGCUCUGCUAUUCAGAAGCAAUACUUUGACAAAUAUGGUUACCAAGAGAUGAUACCUGUGGCAGCAAAUGAUGUUGCUUUCUCAAUCCAUGCUGUUCUGCUGACGGCGAUUACAUUAUUCCAGAUUGUAAUCUAUGAACGUGGAAGUCAGAAAGUGUCCAAAAUUUCUAUUGGAAUUGUCUUUGUUGCUUGGCUGACUGCUGCAAUCUGUUUCUUUAUUGCUUUGUCUGAUCAUUCCUGGCUUUGGCUUCUCUCCAUAUUCAACUCAAUUCAAGUAGCUAUGACUAUUGUAAAGUACAUUCCCCAGGUAAUCAUGAACUUCCUAAGAAAGAGUACUGAUGGCUUCAGCAUUGGUAACAUUCUACUUGAUUUUUCUGGAGGCAUAGCAAAUUAUGGACAGAUGGUUGUACAAUCAGUAGAUCAAGAUUCAUGGGUCAACUUCUACGGCAAUAUAGGAAAAGUGUUGCUAUCUCUGGUAUCUGUAUUCUUCGACAUUAUUUUCAUCAUUCAACAUUAUGUUCUGUAUCCUGCUAAAAGAUCCUCCAAAUUGGUCACCACUACCGAUGAUGAAGAUCAAAUCAGAGAGCACCUUGUUAGACCUUCUGAUGUGUCGCCACCAGAGAAUGUGUAAGAAUUGAUUUGAUUCAUAAUGCACAUUAUACCGAGCACACAAAGAUCAAAUCAGAAACCAUCUUGUCUUCCCUUCUGAUCAGUCACUACUACAGAAUUUAAAAGACAUGAUUUGGUUCAUAAUGUACAUAUUAAAGUUCCCAUUGAUUGAUAUUAAUGUGAAAAGUAAACUAGGGUGCUUCUUUUGUCUCACACCAAGAGCACCAUCUAGCUUGGAGCUUCAAUAAACUUUGUUGUAUAAGUUAUAAGAAUUACAGCCUCUCUCAUUCUUUAUGCUAAUUUGUAUUAUAAAUUUC